AUGUCUGAUGACAAACCUUUCAAAUGUGGUGUUUGUAAUAAAUCAUUUUGUAAAAAACAGACUUUAAUUGUACAUCUGCGGACACACACUGGAGAAAAACCUUUUGAAUGUGAUGUUUGUACUGAAUCUUAUCCCACAAAACAGCAAUUGGUAGUACAUCAGCGAACUCAUUCUGGAGAAAAACCCCACAAAUGUGAUACCUGUAGUAAAUCAUUUAAUACAAAACAGGCUUUGACUGUGCAUAUAAGAUCGCAUACUGGAGAGAAACCUUAUGUAUGUAAUAUUUGUGGUAAUACAUACUCAUCAAAUAGACAAUUAACUGUGCACCAUAGAUCACAUACUGGAGAAAAACCUUUCAAAUGUGAUUAUUGUUGGAAGUCUUUUGCUAGUGUACCAGCAUUGACUGUGCAUACAAGAACACAUACUGGGGAGAAACCUCAUGGAUGUGAUGUCUGUAUAAGUAAAUCAUUUGGUACAAAGACUGAAUUGACCAGACACAUUCGAAGUCAUACAGGAGAGAAACCUUAUCAAUGUGAUGUUUGUAAUAAGUCAUUUUCAAACACGAGUUCAUUGAAUGUGCACAUUAAGACUCAUACAGGAGAGAAACCAUUUAAAUGUGAUGUUUGUAAUAAAUAUUUUUAUAGAAAGUUUGAAAUAGUUAUUCACAUGAGGACACAUACUGGAGAGAAACCAUACGAAUGUGAUGUUUGUAGCAAAUCAUUUUCUCGUAAACAGUUAUUGACUAUGCAUUUAAGAACACAUACUGGAGAGAGACCUUAUGAAUGUAAUAUUUGUUUUAAAACAUUUUCUAGAAAACAUAUAUUGACAACACAUUUUAAAUCUCAUAAUGGAGGUAAACUCUAUAAAUGUGAAGUUUGUAGUGAAAUGUUUUUAACAAAGUUGGAAUUUUGCAGACAUUUGAAAAUCCACAGAGAAAAGAAAACCUUCAUUUGUGCUGUUUGUGGUAAAUCUUUUAAUUACAAAGGCCAUUUUACUGUACAUCUUAGAAGUCAUACUGGAGAGAAACCUUUUAAAUGUAGUGUUUGUGAAAAAAUAUUUACAACAAGUGGUCAUUUGUCUGAUCAUUUCAGAACUCAUACUGGAGAAAAACCUUACAAAUGUGACUUCUGUGGUAAAUCAUUUAUUACAAGUUCUAAAAGAAUGUUACAUAUACGGGUACAUACUGGAGAGAGACCUUAUAAAUGUGGUGUUUGUAGUAAAUCAUUUCCCACCAAUUCUAAAUUAAAAAAGCAUACUAGAACACAUACUGGAGAGAAACCUUAUAAGUGUGAUACAUGUGGUAAAUCAUAUACAACAAGUAGUGGCUUAGUUAGGCAUAUUAAGGGGGUUGAAUUUCGAUGUGAUGUAUGUAAUAAAUCAUUUGUUUCAAUUGGGAAAUUGAGAACUCAUAUAAGAACCCAUACUGGAGAAAAACCUUACAAAUGUGAUGUCUGUGGUAUGUCAUUUGCUGAAAAUGGAAAUCUCACUUCUCAUAAAAGAACACAUACUGGACAGAAACGCUUUCCAUGUGAAUUUUGUAAUAAAGCAUUUUAUGAAAGAGGUCAUUUAAGAAGGCAUCAAAUCAUACAUACUGGUGAUACACCUUAUAAAUGUGAUGUUUGUAGUCAGUUCUGUUCUACCAAGUCUCAUUUGACUAUACACAUGAGACAACAUACAGGUGAGCGACCUUAUAAAUGUGAUGUAUGUAGUAAAUCAUUUACAGCAAACAGCCAGUUAUUAUUUCAUAAGAAGAUACAUUCUGAUGAUAAACCAUUUAAAUGUGGUGUUUGUGAUAAAUCAUUUAUUGCAACAAAUGACUUGAAGAGACACAUGAGAAAACAUACUGGAGAGAAACCCUUUAAAUGUGAUGUUUGUAAUAAAGCAUUUAAAAGCAACAAUGGUAUUAAGAAGCAUUUCAGAACACAUUUAGCUGACAAGUUCAGUACGAUUAAUAGUCAUAGUUUUGAUAGUGGACCAAAGUUUAUAGGAACAUUGUACAAUGAACCUCCAACUGAGGAAGAGAAACCUUGUACAUGUGGUGUUUGUGGUAAAGCAUUUACCUUGAUCAAACAAUUGAAUAAACAUAUUAGUUUACACUGA